CCGCGGAUUGAAAUGUAAGCCUGUCCUCCUGGCCAUCAGGAAACACAACGCGAAUUUGCCUCCCUCGCAACUAAUCGCUAUCACCUCUGCUUCAGCCGAUCGAUUUUUCCUCGCUUCGACUGCAGGCCUAGAGAGACCUAAACUGGACCCGAAGCCGCUCAGAGGACAUCACUGUCGGGGUUUCUGUUUGUCAUCGGAGGCGUACACGCAAUGGAACCAGCCUUUGGGGAGGUGAACCAGCUCGGCGGUGUGUUUGUAAACGGAAGACCGCUACCCAACGCCAUCCGCCUCAGGAUUGUAGAGCUGGCACAGCUGGGAAUCAGGCCGUGUGAUAUCAGCAGGCAGCUGCGGGUCUCUCAUGGCUGCGUGAGCAAGAUUCUGGCCCGCUAUAACGAGACAGGCUCCAUUCUGCCCGGCGCUAUCGGCGGCAGCAAGCCGCGAGUCACCACCCCUACCGUAGUCAAGCACAUUAGGACUUACAAGCAGCGGGACCCGGGCAUUUUCGCCUGGGAGAUUCGGGACAGACUGCUGGCCGACGGCGUGUGUGACAAAUUCAAUCUGCCCUCUGUCAGCUCGAUUAGCCGGAUCCUGCGCAACAAGAUCGGGAAUCUGUCGCAGCAGAGCCAGUAUGAGCCGAGCAAGCAGACUUCUCACCCUCAGCCGCAGCCCACGCUGCCCUAUAACCACUUAUACUCUUAUCCGACUCCGAUCGCAGCCACAGGGACUAAAGUACCAACUCCCCCUGGCAUGGCCGCUCUUCCGGGACAUAUGGCUAUGCACAGAAUAUGGCCCUCUUCUCAUUCUGUCACAGAUAUACUUGGCAUUCGAUCAAUAACGGAGCAGCAAAUUAGUGACAGUGCGUCCUUUCCCAGCGCCAAACUAGAAGAAUGGAGCGCUAUAAGCAGGAGUAAUUUCUCGUCAGCGAGCUCUCCAUUAGUCAAUGGCGUGGAUAAGCCUCACUUAGAUGCUGACGCGAAAUACUCACAGACGCCGAAUGGAUUGCCCACAGUGAACAGCUAUGUCACAGCUCCCAGCAUCCAUCCCUACCAUCCUCCCACCCAAGUGUCGCCUUACAUGGGGUACAGCGGCACCACGUCGGCCUAUGUGACCGGCCCCACAUGGCAGCCACCCAGUGGCAGUGCUCUCUCUCCCCACAGCUGUGACAUCACUGCUCCUUUGGCUUUCAAGAGUACGGCAGCCGCCCGGGACUCCAUGCACCCCGUCACUGCCUCUGCUCUCUGAUUUAGAGCAGGAGGACAGCAUAUGUGGGACAGGACUUCCCAGAAAGCCAUUGCUGGAUGGACUAAUGUCAGCCCUCUGAUAUAUUUAUGAAUGACUUGCCUGAGGACUCCAGCUCUUCCUUGGUUUAAUCUCCAUAAACUCCGUGUUUGCUAGUGAGAAAGAGUCAGUGCUAGUUCCUUCUGCCCGUGGUGUAGAGGAGAGUGUCCUCAUAGACCAUGUUGCAGAUCAGAGCACAAUGAACCUUCCUCAUCAACAGGAUUUAUUGCUAGCUCAACUUCAGUGAUGUUCUUUCUGUGAAUAUAUAUACUGAAUAAGCAUUAUGUAACAGAACCGGUCAGUCUGCAUUUAAGUGUUUCAGGGUGUUAUAAAUAACUAAAGUUCAGAUGUUUUGCUUUUGUUAUUGUCACAAUUUGAUAAACAUACCAUUUUAGGAUACCAAUUUUACUUCUCUUCUAAUGUAUACCCGAGCUUUUGGGAGAAGUUAUUACAUUUAUUUAUUAGUCUGUAAGGUACGUUGAAUGCUGUGCAAUUAUUACACAUCAAUGCAAGCAGAGCCAGUGAGAGACAGUGAUGCACGUUCUGACACCAUCAGCAUUCAUUCAUGCUACAUUAAUGACCAGUGAAGCUGCACACUUCCAAACAUUGCACAAUGAAAUUGAAUGUAUCUUAUUAAAUGAGACAAGUGACAGACCUCAA